AUGUUCCUCAACACAGUCCUUGUAGUCCUGACAGACCUGGCAGCCAGGUUUAUGGGUACCACCUUGUUCCGGCGGCACUUCCACCUGUUGUUGUCAGCACUGGUGAUGUUCGGUCCCAUGCUGAGUCUUUGGGUGUCUCACCACAGCAUCUUUGCCAAGAAGAAUCACUUCCUCUACAGGAUGUUCUUGCACUCUGGUUGGGGUUGGACCUGCAUCUUUGUUGGCUCUUUUGUUUUCCUCCUCUCCUUUUCCAUCCGUCGUUCCCUGUCUCUCUCCAUCCGCCACCUCUCAAGGCUUGCGGUGGCCGGUGGACUAUGGCUUGGUUUUUGCAAACUCUUGGACCUCCUGGAGAAUGCCACAGGAAGCUGCUAUGAACCUUUGGAAGCUGGAACAGUGGUCACAAAUGGCCAGACUCUGCUGGUGCUGCGAGAGGGGGAGAGCAAGUCUGAGUGCCUGAAAGCUGGAAUGCUGUGGAGGGGAUAUGAGGUUUCUGAAGACAUUUUCCUUCUCUGCCUUUGCUGCCUGCUGCUGGUAGAGGAAACAGCUGUGUUUGGACCUUAUUUGAGCCUUGGGGGAAUCUCAGAUGCCCCACUGAGAAUCCUCUUUCUGUUCUGUGUUCUCCUGCUCUGGCUCUGGAUCUUCUUGUUGCUCUGUCUCUUAGCUUACUUUCCUCAGUUCCCCACCCAGCUGCUGGGGGGUGCUCUUGGCUGUCUCAGCUGGAGAGGACUAUAUCAGGGCUGGUACCGCCUGGGGCCCAGCUGGUACUGCCCCGGGAGGCCUGGUUUGGGACUACUUAACAUAAAGGCUGUCAGUAAUGACGUGGAGGAUGCAGAACUGAAACAACCGAAUCACGAUCACUGCAAUUAA